GCUAGCUGGCUGAGGAACUGAAACUCUUGUCCCUGCCAUAGACCAUAAGGCAAGGAUGAGAGUCAGAAGCACUGGCCACUGGCACUUGAGACUUUGCCUCACUCCUCUGAGAGAGUAAUGCUCCGACUCCAGCUUCAGAAUGAAAGGGAAAUACAAAGGGAGUCCCUCCCAGUGGAGUUCGAUGAUGUCGCUCUCAGUGCGGCCCCAGCGACGCAGUCUGAUAGUCAGGAUCAAUAGGAGCCAAUCUUUUGCUGGUGUCAACUCUACCCAGGACAAAUCUUUCCGGAAUUUUCCUGCAUUCAGCACACCAACUGUCUCCAGGAAGUCUGGCUCCAGAGUCAGUAGGAUGUUUUCAAUGUCUCACAAGUCCCCCCCACCCAAGGUGCCCCAGCCAGAACGACUUGAUGAAGUAUAUGAAGCGCUGAAGAAGGGACUAACGGCUUACGUAGAAGUGCACCAGGUGGAGCUUGACAAGCUGACCACUCAGAUCCGUGAGUCCAAGAGGAAUUCUCGUUUGGGCUUUCUUUAUGAUCUUGAUAAGCAAGUCAAGUCAAUUGAACGAUUCCUACGCCGUCUGGAGUUUCAUGCCAGCAAGAUAGAUGAGCUCUAUGAGGCUUACUGCAUCCAGCGACGGCUCCGGGAUGGAGCCCACAACAUGGUUAAGGCCUACACAACCGGAUCACCUGGUAGCAAGGAAGCACGUGAGAGCUUGGCCGAAGCUGGCAAGGGCUACAAGGAGUACACAGAGAAUAUGUGUCUAUUGGAGAAUGAACUUGAGAGCCAGUUGGGAGAAUUCCACAUCAAGAUGAAAGGAUUGGCUGGCUUUGCUAGGCUGUGUGCUGGGGACCAAUAUGAGAUCUUCAUGAGGUAUGGUCGCCAGCGAUGGAAGCUGCGGGGUCGCAUUGAGGCAAACAGCAAGCAAGUGUGGGACAGUGAAGAAAUGAUCUUCCUGCCUCUCAUUACAGAGUUCCUGUCUAUCAAGGUGACAGAGCUCAAGAGCUUGGCCAGUCAUGUGGUGGUGGGGAAUGUCUCCUGUGAGACCAAGGACCUUUUUGCAGCACUCCCCCAAGUGGUGGCAGUGGAUAUUAAUGAUCUGGGCACCAUCAAGCUGAGCCUGGAGGUGAACUGGAACCCAUUUGACAAAGAGGACCAGCCAUCAUCAGCCAGCACUGUAAAUAAGACAUCCACAGUCAACAAGAGAUUUUCUACAUACAACCAGAGUCCACCCGACACACCUUCCAUGCGGGAACAGGCGUUUUAUAACAUGCUGCGGCAACAGGAAGAGCUGGAGAACGGGGCAGCAUGGUCUAUCUCUUCAGAGUCAUCAGACGAUUCCUCCAGCCCUCAGCUGUCAGGAAGUGCCCGCCACUCCUUGCCAAGGUCAAUUGUGCAACCUGCUGUGCAGGCCACUGCACCCGCCAUAGAAAUUGCCUUUACUCAGCCUCAGGACAAAGAGCCACCAGUCCUUCAAGAGGAGGUGGCUGUGGCUGUGGCUAAUGGGCAUGUGCCCUAUGCCCGGACUCUUAGCCAGAUCAGCGAAGCCAGCGUGGACCUGCCUGUGGCUGAGGAUGGGGAAUGCCUUGUCCCCAGAGACUUUAAUCCUAGGGAGCUGCCUCCCAUGGAGACGAACUCUUUGCCUCAAAGUGUGGCCUUGAUGCUUGAUGCUCAGAUCAGUGAAGGUGGGGAGCAAGAGGCUGACACAAAUAAGGCCAACCCUGUUGCAGAGCAGAGUGAAGAGACAGCCUGUCAGGCCCAGGAUGUUCAGCAGCCCAAGUCCUCAUUGACACUUCCAGCAACCCCAAGGGAGCUUCAGCCAACAGGAGUCUCAGAGGCACCAAGACCCAAGCCUGUAGUAGAUUCUGGACUGGAGGAAGCUAUCAGCUCACUGGCCUCUGCUCUGGAUGACUACCGGGGACAGUUCCCAGAGCUGCAGACCCUAGAACAGGAGCUCAAACAUCUAGAGGAAAUUCUUCUGCAAAAGCAGGGUGUAUGCCUGAGCCGGGCUUCCAGCACUAGUCUGACAGUGGAGCAUGCCCUUGAAAGUUUUAGCUUCCUCAAUGCUUCUGAUACUGAGGAUUCAGAUGAUGACGGGAGGACAAGCAAUGUCAAAUCUGCUUCCGCAAGUAGAUUUCCAGCUACUGGAGAGACUGUUGCUGAAGAGACCGCAGGGUCCGUGAAUUUAGAGGAGGGCUCAGAGCCCAUGAGUACUGGCAAUGAGUUCCUUGACCAGGCCUUAGUCCUGCAUCUCAAGCACUGCAACCAUUUGCUGCUGAAGCUGGGCAAUUUUGGACCUCUCCGCUGCCGGGAGAUGUAUGCACUUGACAGGCUGUCAAGGGAAGUGCAGGUCCUGGAGGUGGUUUGUCGCCUGGUGGAGGAGCAAGCAAGGACAGCCAACUCUGUCGAAGAAGUGGUCCAGUUUUCCACAUGGAAAGAGGGGGUACUGCCUUUCUGGGACAGUUGUGUCACCACCCCUAACGUGUACACCUGCCCCGUAGAAAAGUUCCUGCAGACUCUUGGUUCCCAGUAUGGAGCACGAAUCAAUGAACGGCAACAAGGCCUAGCAGAUCCAGUAUGUGUGAAACUGGCAGAGGAGCUUCUACAGCGCAGGCUACCCAGACGCCAGGGGAGCUGCCAAUCUGAACAAGUCACCCUCUUCCAGUACUGGAGCCACUUUGAGGUUCUGCCCAUCUUAACACUGGACUCAUAUAUCUUGGAGUUGGCAGAAGAAGUUUUGCUAGCACAGAACCUGAACUCCGAUGACCAAGAUGUGGUAUUGAAAGCCCUGAAGCGUGUUCCUGAGAGCCGGCUCCGCAAAGAUGGAAUGAAAGCUUUAAGCCUGCUUCUUGUUGAAGGAAACAGCAAAGUUGUUGGGGCUGUGUCAGCACAGCUGCGAAGCCUGUCAGAGAACCCUGGCUUCAGGGAGCGGGCCCUGCUUUGCUAUCUUGAGCAGCUGGAGGAUGAAGAGGUGCAAACACGGAUUGCUGCUUGUGCAGCCUUGGGAUGUCUGAAGGCCAAGGAGAGUAUUGAGCAGCUGGUGUACCUGUGCCAAACUGACAAAGAGGCUGUGCGAGAGGCAGCCAAACAGAGCCUCAUGCUGUGUGGGGAAGAUGGGAAAUCUGCUCACCGGCGGUUGGAAGAGUCCCUCGACAGUUUGCCACGGAUCUUUGCCCCAGGGAGCAUGGCCAGCACUGCAUUCUGAAGCGUGUUGUAUUGAUCUGUCUGCAAAUCCUUUGAGGGCAUAAACUGUGCAUGUCACAGAUCUUUCAACUAGCUCACACAGACUGGGUUCAAAUCAGUGUGCCACAGACUGGGCAGCUUUUACCUCUCAGCGCAUGGACACACAGCAGUAUUAGUACCGCCCACACACUGCCUUAUGCAAAGGAUGCCUUUUUCCAAGCCCCGCUGGCCGCUGCACUCUUGGAGUUGAUGUGGGCACAAAAGCAUUGAGAGAGUCUCCUGGUUUUUGUUUUGUAGGAAUUUGGGCUUCUUGUCAUUCAUUUGCAGGACUAACAUGCCCCUGUUGAGAGGGAAAAAGAUGGCAACAAAUGAGUGCAUAAAAGCUGUAGCAGAUCAAUUUUAGUUGCAAAGGCCGUCUCUUAUUUGAAAGAAAGCUUGGAAAAACUCUUGUGUGUUUGAAAUCCCAAUUUAAUGUUCAGCUUGUUCUCAUCUUACCCAUGCCACUUUCUGGGCAUAUUGUGAAUACUGCAGAAAAUUGGGGCCAAGGUAUAUUCUGCUAGUGACAGAUUGCCAAUAGCUCUAUUGUUCGUGAGCAAAAGCAGGCACAAGGACUAUAGGAGUAAGUUCUGGUUCUCCCAGCGGGGUGGAGGAAGAAAUAGUUUUUAAUGUGAUGCUGUGGAGAAGACAGAAGUCACAUUGAAUAGGCAGAAGCUGCCACCUUUUGAGCUAUUUUAUUAUUUUUUAUUUACACAUUUGUGUGUGCGAGGAAGGGGAAGCUGGAGACAAAGCAAAAUGUCCCUUUUCUAUAAAAUAUCUAUAAAUUUAUCUGUAUAUCUACAUAUAUAUAUAAAUAUAAAUAUAUAUAAUGUAAUUAUCAAGAGGUUUGGCUCAUUUUGACUUUAAGCCUGAAAUUAAAAAAAAAAAAAGGUUGGAACAAGUGAAGUUUUUGUGUCCCAUUUUGUACAUUGCUGCUGUGGAGUUUCCCUCACCAGCUGGGAAGUGAAAUAUAUUGAAUUCUAAAGUCUAAAAAGCUUAAAGCCACCUUGGAUGAGUCAAGUUCAACAAAGUCCAGCACUGAGCCUUGGGAAGUUUUAUUUCGUUGUCAGGAAAGGAAAGAUAUGCAAAGCAAAGCAGUACAGGAAAAACAUGAAAAGGAUUGUUUUUAAGUGUUAUAAUAUAAAACAUUAAAUAAUACACAAUAGUAAAAGCAAAAAACAAAAAAAGCAACCAUUUUAGAUUUUAGAAAUUAAUGAGAGGAUUGAACAACACAAGUAUGAGAACCUAAAUAGGGUUGCUGAAAUAAAACACCCUUUACUACCCAUCAA